AUGGACAAUCUAGAGGAGAACCUCGACGUUAAGCUCGUGGACCAGGAUGAUUUGGAGAGCUCCAUCACAAAGAAGGCCAACCAGGCUUUGAUCAACAAGGAAACCGAGUUGGACGAGAAACGAUUGCAAAAAGCAACCUCAGACUUGGAGAAGACAGUGAAGAGGAUUCAGCUUCUCCAAAGGCGUCUUGACAAUCCACGUACAAAGCUCUCGCAAAGAAAGUCUCUAAAAGAUGAGAUCCAAUGGCUUAAUGAAAACGAGCUCAAGCCAAGACAGCAAGAUGUCGAUGAUAUCCAAGGCAGACUUGAAGGAAACCGAGAACUGCUUCAGGAGGAACAGAAGGGUGGAACAAACGAAAGGCUAGCUGGAGAAACCGAGAGAGAAUUCCUCAUACGAACUGGUAAAAUCACAGCAUUUGGUAAUACUACAGCAUUCGCAGCCGAUGAACUGGCUACCAGAUCACAUCAGCACUUGAGGGCACCGGGCUUCAGUGAUGCUGAGCAAGUAAGUCCGAACGUUUCGGGAAACGUGAAACAUGAACUAGAAGAAAAGGAAGACGAAGACGAUAUACCCGUGAAAAGGCGAAGAAAGACCCUCGACCUGGAGUCGGAGUACGAAGAUAACGGGGAAUCUGAUGAUAACGGGGCAGACGAUUUUGCAGACCUUAAUGAAGAUAUCGUGGAGGAACUAAUUGAUCCUACCGAAAGCUCCACGAGUAUGUCCCUCAGUCUGCGAAAUGUGGACGACGGUGACGAAGCAGUGUACCAACUGCGUUUUGGAGAAUGGAAACAAAGAAGGGCCCAGCUACGAAAGGCUCAUCAAAAGGAAGUGGAUGAGGAUUUACCUGAGUGGCAAUUACCUCAUCCUACCAUUCCUGACGCUGUACUCAAUGAUCGUUUCAAGUUGCCAGGUGACAUAUAUCCUUCCUUGUUUGACUACCAAAAGACGUGCGUGCAAUGGCUAUGGGAACUUCAUUCCCAGAAAACAGGUGGAAUCAUUGGUGAUGAAAUGGGAUUAGGUAAGACAAUUCAAGUGAUUGCAUUCCUAGCGGGACUUCAUUAUUCAGGUCUUCUUGAUAAGCCAGUAUUACUAGUUGUUCCGGCCACUGUCAUGAAUCAAUGGGUAAAUGAAUUUCACAGAUGGUGGCCAGCUUUUCGUUGUGUAAUCUUGCAUAGUAUUGGCUCUGGAAUGACUAAGUCUUCGAUAAAGACCGAGGAAGAGUUGGAAGCUCACCUUGAGGAUGAAGAUGCUGACUUUGACGCACAAAUAAGUAUGAAGUCAGCGAACAAUCAAGCUAAUGCAAAGGCCAUUGUUGAUAGGGUUAUGGAAAAGGGCCAUGUCUUGGUGACUACUUACGUUGGUCUUCGAAUUUACUCGAAGCAUAUACUUCCAAGGGAGUGGGGCUACGUUGUUCUUGACGAAGGCCAUAAAAUCAGGAACCCCAAUUCCGAGAUCUCCCUCGCUUGCAAAAGAGUCAAAACUUACAACAGAAUCAUUCUCUCAGGUACGCCCAUCCAGAAUAAUUUGACUGAGCUUUGGUCCCUUUUCGACUUUGUCUUCCCAGGACGUCUAGGAACUCUUCCUGUGUUUGAGCAGCAGUUUGCCAUUCCGAUUAACAUGGGAGGUUAUGCAAAUGCUUCAAACGUGCAAGUGCAGACAGGCUACAAGUGUGCAGUUGUAUUACGAGAUCUAAUUUCGCCUUAUCUCCUCAGGCGACUCAAAGUUGAUGUCGCCCAGGACCUUCCGAAGAAGAAUGAGAUGGUUCUCUUUGUGAAGCUUACCCAAUUCCAGCAAAACUUGUAUGAAAAGUUCUUGGGCAGUGAGGAUGUCAAUGCCAUUCUAAAGGGAAAGAGAAAUGUCCUCAUGGGCGUUGACAUGCUACGGAAGAUUUGCAAUCACCCUGAUCUUAUUGACAGAGAGUUACUUCUCAGGAAAAAAGGAUACAGCUACGGUAACCCAACAAAGUCGGGAAAGAUGCAAGUACUUAAAAACUUACUCCAGCUAUGGCAGAAAGAAGGUCACCGGACCCUUGUUUUCUGUCAGACGAAGCAGAUGCUCGACAUUCUCGAAAAGUUUGUUUCGAGCAUGAGAAGAGUCGACAUCGAAAAUGAUGAAAUAGCUGAGGGAGACUACUUUCAUUACCUUCGCAUGGAUGGCUCAACUCCAAUUGGAAAGAGGCAGACAUUGGUUGAUUCGUUCAACAACAACAAGUAUUUCGACUGCUUCUUGCUUACCACGAAAGUUGGUGGAUUAGGUGUGAAUUUGACUGGUGCCGACAGAGUUAUCAUCUACGAUCCUGAUUGGAAUCCAUCAACAGACAUUCAAGCGAGAGAGAGAGCAUGGCGUUUAGGUCAAACGAAGGACAUUACUAUUUAUAGACUUAUGACGGCUGGAACGAUUGAAGAGAAGAUCUAUCACAGACAGAUUUUCAAGACAUUUUUGACGAACAAGAUAUUAAAGGACCCCAAGCAGAGAAGGUUUUUCAAGAUGAACGACCUUCACGAUCUUUUCAGUCUAGGUGAUCCGCAAGAGAAAGGAACUGAGACAGGGGAUAUGUUCAGUGGAAGUGAAAAGACAUUUAGAGGAGACAAGAUUCGGAAAUCCACCCAGCUCAACAAGCAAAAACACAAGAACGACGAUGACUUGUAUCAAGUUGCUAGCAUAAUGGGUGUAUCUAAACUUGAUAAUUAUGUGGGCGACGAAGAAAAGGAUGACGACAAGAGCAAAGAAGAAAAUCGUCUUAUGGACGGCAUUUUUGCAAAUGCAGAUGUUGUUCAUAGCACUUUGCAACAUGACGAGAUCAUCAACUCGAAUCAGCAAGAGGUGAGCAUUGUGGAGAGGGAGGCAGCCCGGGUGGCCAAGGAAGCAGCUGACGCUUUGAAGAAAUCCAGAAUUCAGGCUCGGUCCAAUACGGUCGGAACCCCAACCUGGACAGGCAAGUUUGGUGUUGCCGGUAGGUUUGGACCCAAGAAGUCUACAAUUAGCAGAGGUGGAACAAAAUCACCAUCUCAAUCGCCAGCUCCUGGUGCAACUGACGCCAUUUCAUCCACCUCAAUUUUGAAUCAAUUGAAACAAAAGAAAGCCAACAAUGGCAGAGCCAACAAAUCAGGCAAGCCAAAGAAACUCACAGAGGACGAUAAGCAAAGCUUGCUUCAGCACUUGAUAGAUUUCUUACGCAAACAGCCCGAGGGAUUUAGCAAAUCUGAUCCAAUUUUAAAGUCGCUUCCUCGGAAUGUUGACCUCAAAGACGAAAAGGAGAUGAUCUCGGUGCGGUCGCUUUUACGAGAGGCUGCUAACUGGGAUGCAGCCUUGAAAGGAUGGAGGCUAAAAGAGACGUUUACGCAAUAG